GCACGCGUGCGCACGUGUCGCGUAGACGUCCUUACCUUAUCGUACAGAGAGUUGAGUUAUCAUGGAGUACCACCAUCAGGGCAUCCAGCAGAGUCAGGCUCAAUGGGGCUACGGCUGGGGCCCGCCGGCGCCGACCGCCGCGCCUCCUGCGCCGGCGCAGAGAAACAAGAGAACGCAUUCGGAAAGUGAAGACGAUGCGUUUUCUGAAGAAAGCAGCAAGGAUGCGCAAUCUCCCGGCGGCGACUCCUGCCAGCUGCUGACGAGGAAGCGCCGCCGAGGAGUCAUCGAGAAGAAGCGACGGGACCGCAUCAACACCUCACUGACUGAGCUGAAGAGGCUCGUGCCAGCCGCGUGCGAGAAGCAAGGCAGUGCCAAGCUGGAGAAAGCGGAGAUACUACAACUGACUGUAGAUCAUUUGAAGAUGCUGCACGCUAAAGGUUUGGACACCUUCGCGUACGACCCACAGCGGUACGCCAUGGACUAUCACAGCAUCGGCUUCCGAGAGUGCGCGGCCGAGGUCGCCCGCUACCUCGUCAGCUGCGAAGGCUUAGACAUCCAAGACCCCCUGAGACUCCGCCUCAUGAGCCACCUACAAUGCUUCGCUGCCCAACGAGAAUUAGCUGCCAAAUCAGCCAAUUGGGGAUACCCUCAAUACCCAGCCACUCCUGUAGCGCAAUCCCAACAUGGCUACACAGAACUAGCUCCCCGACAAGAACCGUUACCUGUAACAACUGCUGCGCCAACAGUCGCUGCACCAACGGCUAUAGCGGCACCUUUAACGGCAGCGCCAAGUUACCCCCACUACCCCGCACCUCCAGCUCCUCCUGGACCACCAGGACCCCACCCCGCGCCCCCCGCACCACAUUAUCCCACCCCCUAUCCUCACCAUCCUUCCCAUCAGUAUUCUCAAAACUCCUCAAAACCUUACAGGCCCUGGGGUGCCGAACUAGCGUAUUAGAAAAUAUUGGGAUCUCUCGAUUCUUUUAAAAGUGAAAUUGGUCAAUUUAUUCAUUAAUAUUUGCAUCUUUUAAUUUCUGAGUUCUAAAAAUCAUUUUUUGAAGCAAAAGUGCGUUGUGAAUUUGGUUGGCACAAAAUUCGCAAUAUGAAACCUAGUUUGUAGCAACUACUCUCCUGUUAUGAAAUGUACACAGUGAUAUGUUUUGGCCAUGCUAGUUAGCUUAUCAGCCUCACAAGGCAGCGUUGAUUGGGUCCGCAACACUAUCGACCGUUGUGAACCCAAUCACCACUCUAAGUAACAAAACCAUUUGUUAAGUAUAACUAUCAUUAAUUAUCUUUUAAUUUUUAGAUUAGAUAGCAUCUUGUAUCUAGAUGACUUGAGUACACCGUGAAAAUCACGAGACUUUGUAUUUGGACGAAAAUGCAUGACAACAUAUAAAGCAUCUGUCAAAAGUGCUUUGUUUUAAAUAUUUUCAUAUAAGUUGCGAUUGUCCAAGCAUAUAAAUGACAUAUCAAAACAAUUAACCAACAUUCACUAAUGAGAGAAUCGGCUGACAUAGUUAUGUAGAUCUCAGAGUUUAAUAGAGUCAAAAUUAGAAAUAUUUUUGGACACUGCCGUUGUAUUAUAUUGCAAAUUUAUACAAAUAUUUAAUAAGGUUGUGUGAUAGCUAUAUAGUAUAUAAAAUAAGUUUAUUUAAAAGUCAUUAGUUAAAAUCGAUAUAGCUUUAAUGUUUUCUACUUGAAAUAUGUAUUUAAAAAAUGUUUGCACAAAAAAUAUGUGUUUAUAAAUGUUGUGAAACGGAAUCUUUAUAAGUAAGAUUACUUUAGAAAAUAUUAAUGGCAUUUUCUGAUUAGAAAUAUAAAAGAUGUCCAAUUUCUAUUAUGUUCUAUAAAACAUUUCACAUGGAAGUAAAAUGUCAUAUUUCCUAUUAAAGUAAAUUAAU